GGUAAUUUAUCUUUGCAAGAUGCUUUAAGAGUUACAAUAGAGCAAAUUGUUUAUUUUCAUGAUUAUUUAAUAAUAGUAAUAGCUAUUAUUUUAAGUGUAGUAGGGUAUUUUUUAAUUUUUGUUUUAAUAACUAAAACUUAUUCGAGAAGAAUUGUUGCUGAUCACUUAGUUGAGAGAGUAUGAACUAUUUUACCUAUUGUAGUAUUAAUUUUUUUAGUCUAUCCUUCAAUUUAUUUACUUUAUUUAAUUGAUGAGUCUAGAGUUGAAUUUUUAUGUACAUUAAAAGUUAUUGGUCAUCAAUGAUACUGAAGUUAUAAAAUAGAUGGGUUAUUAAAUAUAGAAAUUGAUUCUUAUAUAGAUGCUGAUUCUUCUGUUCGUUUAAUAGAUGUAGAUAAUCGCGUAAUUAUUCCGGCACAAGAAUAUAUUCGUGCUUUAAUUACUUCGGCUGACGUUUUACAUUCUUGAGCUUUACCGGCCUUAGGUGUAAAAAUAGAUGCUAUUCCUGGUCGUUUAAAUCAGUUUGUUUUUAUAGUGAUAAUGCAUUCUAUUAUUCAUGGUCAAUGUAGAGAAAUUUGUGGUGUUAAUCAUUCUUUUAUACCAAUUGUAUUAGAAGUAGUUAGAUUAAAAGAUUUAUUAUAUUAA